AUGGAUGCGGAGCUUUUCUAUUGGGAGAAGGAGAAAGCAGUGGGGCUGUACCGGAGAGCCGCGGAGCUCGGUGAUCCUGUAGAUCAAUGCAAUUUGGGGAUUUCUUAUCUCCAAGUAAAUUGUUUGUAUCUAAUCUGCAGCUCAACCAUCGAAUCCAAGGAAGCUAUGAAGUGGUUGGAGAACGGCUAUAAUAAGUGGUACAUCAAGGCAGCGGAAGGUGGGUAUGUUCGAGCCAUGUAUAAUGUUUCGCUUUGUUACUCGGUUGGAGAAGGAUUACCACAAAACCGUAAACUAGCAGGUGGAUGA